GGAGGUGGAUUGGUCUCUGAAUACAUUUGGCAGGCUCCUCUGGUAAAACCUGCGUCACCUUCCAUCAGCAGUCUACAGAGCAUUCGCUCUUCAGCUCCUCCAUCACUCAACUCACUCACCUUGCAACAUACACACGACAAGGGCAUAAAGAGACAGGAUGGAGCCUCUUUUUGAGGAGUUUCGCAACGCCUACAAGACUCGUUCUGGGUACUCUCUUGCGCAGACACUUCAGCCCUUCAGCCCAGUCAACAAGCCGGACAGGCUACGGUCCAUCUAUCUGAGCACCAACGUCCAAGAAGUCAAGAGCGACAUCAAGUACAUGCUCCUCGGUCGGGGCCCAGGAUCUAAGAAAUUCAAGCUCGACCAUGAGGAGACCACAGGCUGGGUGGAAGUAUACACAGCAUACUGGAAGGCCAUUGGUGAGAUCCUCAAAGUAGAGGGCGACUCCGGUGCUGGAGGUAGGACUUCAUCAUGGACCAAGGUGUAUGAGUCUUGGAAGGAAUUCACCACCGCUCUCAUCCGAGGCUACACUAAUUACGGCUUCGAGGCGUGGACAAUUCCCUGUCUCUACCUUGCUGGCAAGCAUCUGCGUCUCUUCGCCAUCAGCUCAGACGAGGAGCGGAACACCACCGAUGCCACUGCUGACGCAAUGGAGCUUGCUGACGACUACGAUCCGGACUUGGAAAAGCAGAAGCAGCUGCGCGACUGCGAACAGCAGCUCAAGCGUAUUUUCACCUUGUGUUUGAGCGAUAGAGCACCUCUCGAAGAAUCAAGAAAGUGGGCUAUCUACUACGUCAUCAACCUGCUUUUCAAGACCUACUUCAAACUCAACUCUGCGAGUUUGAGCCGGACAAUCCUGAAGGCAUUGUCUACGAACCGUGGAGAUAUGCCUCCCCUGGAAGCAUUCCCUAAGUCACAGCGGGUGACAUUCAAGUACUACGAAGGCGUGCUCUUCUUCUUGGAGGAGAACUAUGUUGAGGCAGAAAAGCACCUCACCGAGGCAUGGUCACUGUGUCACAAGGACGCAAAGAGCAACCAAGAGAGAAUCCUUACCUACCUGAUCCCAUGCCAUCUUCUCACCACACACACUCUGCCCAGCAGCAAACUUCUCGAGCCCUAUCCGCGGCUGCAGAAGCUCUUUCUCCCACUGUCGCAAUGCAUCCGCAAGGGCGAUUUGCGCAACUUUGAUAUAGCUCUGCAAGAAGGCGAGGAGGAAUUCGUCCGUCGCAGAAUCUACCUCACACUGGAGCGCGGUCGCGAUAUUGCCCUGCGCAACCUCUUGCGCAAGGUCUUUGUCGUCGGCGGCUUCGAGGAGGCGAAAGAAGCCGGCGCCGCCCCCGUCCGUCGGACCAGGGUCCCAGUCGCCGAGUUCACUGCUGCUAUUAGCCUCGGUAGCCAAGAGGCUGUUGAUCCAGACGAGGUUGAGUGUCUGUUGGCCAACAUGAUCUACAAGGUACGUGGCAGCUUUUCCUUCGUCGUGCCUUUUGAGCCUGGUCUGCUGGUUAUCCCAGAGGUGGACAGCCACCGUCUGUAGUCCAGACGUGUCUUCUUCCUGUCGUUUGAUCGGCUCGAAUCGGUGCUGAGAUCUCGCUGCACAUUUGUCUGCAUUGCCAAGCUUGAUUCAUACCCUCCGUGAACUCCAGGUGCCUCGUAGGCAACGUCCUCACGGGGCCGACAUUGCGUGCUCAAGGCAACUUAGUGCCGUGAUGACUUCCCCAAAGGCCCGC